AUGUCGGUGCCCCCGUGGUGUCAAACCAGAUCAGAAGUUGACAAUAAGAUUUCUAGAAGAAUGCUCUUGGACAUAGUCUCUAAACAUUUUGCAGCAGGUUCAGAAUGCCCACCUCUACCAGCUGGCCUCUCUCGAAUAUACUCGAUGGAGUACUGCCCUUAUGCCCAGAGAGCCAGACUAGUGGCUCUUGCCAAGAAUCUACCACACGACGUGGUCAACAUCAACCUGAAAAGCAAACCAGACUGGUUUUUGCAGAUGUACCCGGAAGGCAAAAUUCCUGUCUUGCAGCAUCAAGAUGACAUCGUUGGUGACUCCAUUGCCAUCUGUGACUACUUGGAGUUGAAAAUACCGAAUCCGAUUUUGGCACAUGUAGCCUACAGAAAGUGCGACCAGAAAUUGCGCAAAGACUGGGGACGAAUCGUAGGUCUGAUGACAAGAAUAACAUUUGGCAACAACCUGAGAAACGAAGGCGGUGUGUCCGAGGUCAUUUGCAAGUUACACAAAUAUUUAGGAGCCUUUGAGAAAGCUUUGAGAGACAGGAAUACCAUAUACUUCAACGGUGACGUUCCCGGGAUAAUGGACUACAUCAUGUGGGCCCCACUUUGA